AUCUCACCAAUGCAACUACCCGGCUAAACGGAAACAAGCCGAAGCCCACCAUACUACUUUUAUCAGACGCAAAAGUGAAAAGAUAAACAUUUUGGGCAUCGUUGGACCAGCUUAAAAAUCACGUCUAGAGUUUUGUGCUGAAAGUGCGACACAGUUUUUUUUAGGAGAAUGUGGCAAAUCUCAGGUUAGAAGGAGAGGUAAAAAAAAAAAAAGCCGGAUUGAAGCUUAUCAAAAACCAAACAAGUAUAUUUUCAUGGCGAGAUCUACAUGAAAUCCUCUCCGAUAAAACAGGACCUGAGGACGUGCAGCAGCUGCGGUAGAGAGGAGACAUUUUAAGACCAUAUUACCUGCCUGAUACAACCCGAGAAAGGAUGUUGUCUCGGCUGAGGGAGAUGAUAUGGGCCGACUGGAUUUGGUUUCCUGAAGGUCACGGUUGGGCUGACCUCACAGACCACGAUGGCAAAGUUUACCCUAAAACACAGGACCUCUGGGCAACUAUACCCAUCGCUCUGUGCUUCCUGGUCAUCAGACAGAUAUUUGAAAGGACUGUAGCGACUCCUGUCGCCUCCCUUUUGGGAGUGACUGACAAGAAGCGUGUUCGUGCCUCUCCAAAUCCCUUCCUGGAGUCCUAUUUCUGUAGCACAUCAAAGAAUCCCGCACAGAGCUCAAUAGAGGUUUUAAGUAAACAGUCGGGCUGCUCAGAGCGACAGGUCCAGAGGUGGUUCAGGAGGCGGAGAAACCAGGACCGACCCUGCAAGCUCAAAAAGUUUCGGGAAGCAAGUUGGAGAUUUACCUUUUACCUUCUUGCUUUCUUUGCUGGCCUGGCGGCCCUUAUUGAUAAACCAUGGCUGUAUGAUAUGAAGCAGGUGUGGGAAGACUUCCCGAAAAUGCCACUGUUGCCUUCAGAGUACUGGUACUACAUGAUCGAACUAGGCUUCUACCUCUCGCUGAUUUUCAGUAUAGCAUCGGAUGUCAAACGCAAGGAUUUCAAGGAGCAGAUCAUUCACCAUGUCGCCACAAUCUCCCUCAUCAGUUUCUCCUGGCUGGUCAACUACAUCCGGGCAGGGACUUUGAUCAUGUUAGUGCAUGACUCCUCCGACUAUUUUAUGGAGGCUGCCAAAAUGUUCAACUACGCAGGUUGGAGGAACACCUGCAACAUCAUGUUCACCACGUUUGCUGCAGUUUUCAUCUUCACCCGCCUUGUAAUCCUCCCCUUCUGGAUCAUACACACGACGUGUGUGUACCCACUGUCCCUUUACCGCCCCUUCCUCGGAUACUACUUCUUCAACGGGCUAAUGUUUGUGCUGCAAGCUCUGCACAUCUUCUGGGCCAUUCUCAUCUUGCGCAUGGUCGUCAAAUUCCUGCCCGGCAAUCACAUUGUUGAGGAUGAACGCAGCGAUAAAGACGAGUCUGAGUCGGAAGAUGAAGCCGGCGGUCACGAAAAGUUUCAGAACGGCCACGUGCAGAACGGCCACACCCCCCUCAACAACAACCACAGUAAGAGAGACUGAUGGGACUGUGAGUGAUUAGAGGAGGCCGUGUGAGGCGGGGCGAUGGGCCCUGAUUGGAAAGCCAAAGAACGGGAGCAUGGCGUGUUCAAAUGGGUAAAAGGCGGCAGCACACACACACAUACACACUUUACCCUCCUUUCUGGAUACCUGGUAGUCCAAAGUGGACAAUUUUACUUCUCUGUGGAUUACAAUAAAUUAAACGGGGAGAGCGGUGGAGAAGCACACUGAUCUGCUUAGCACCUGUAGCAGAGUGAUUCUCGUCCCUCGGAGCCCAUCCUCCCUCUAGUGUCUUUUGCUUCUUACUAAGAUUUUGUGCUGUUGACCCCGUUGCCACAUACCAAAUCUACCUGCUUGUAGUUUUGUUUUCUUCCUGGAAGUGAUUUGAAGAUAUGCUGUGGUUAGGAGGAGGUUGCCUUCCUGCAAAGUCUGUUAAAAUUCUUCCAAGUAUUGCUACCCCUUAAUCCUGACUGAUUUCUUUGCUCUAAAUAACCACACUGAAUUCAGUGAAAUGGUGAGGAGCGCUAAAGGUGAAUGAUGUCUUUCUAUGGACCAUAACCUGAUUUAAGUCUUUUUACUGAGGUAUCUGUUGAUAAUGAAUGUGUGCAAGUUGCAGCUGCCAGUUUGGCACUUUGGUUUUUCUAAAAUAUGUAUUUGCUCCAAUAAUUUAGAACUAAAUAAUUGGAGCUAUAUAAUGUUUUUUAACAGUCUGAAAAAAGUGCGAGACGGUGCUACAUCUGCCACGUGGUGAAAUGUGCCUUGUUUGGAUGUUUGUCUUAAAUGCUUCGCCUUUUUUGGGAAGCAGAACGCACAUAGAUCGUUUUAAAUGUUUGGUUUUGUUAAUGCUUAAUAUCUUUUCAAGUUAUAUGAUUUUAUUUUGCUUUGUUUUAUUUGUUUUCAGUCCAGUCAACAGUUUAAAUUGGGGAGCAAUUUGUCUGAGUGUAACCCAAACCAAUCAGUAACUGUUUAUGAAUUCUUUAUGGGCUGAAGAGUCGAUAGCAUUUCCAUUCAGUGUUGUUUUUCUCAUCCAUCCAAAGAUGCACUUUAUGGCUCCCUCUAGUAGAUCAGCCUUGACUAGAUGUCUUGUAAACAAGCAUAAGGGUAGUAUUUCAAUUCAAACCUGAUUUCAUUUUAGUGUAUGAUUUUUAAAAUUUUGUUUCAUAUUUAUUCUCACCCACCUAAAAUCUUCCUCUUUAUCAGUUGUUUUGUAAAAAAAAGAGAGAAAAAGAAUAACUUGAAUGAAAUCUUAAGUAAAGAGGUAAAAAUGAAACACCAAAGUAUGGUUUACAUUUUGUACUAUCUUGUCAUUUGCAAGUGCCUUCAUCAUUUCAAGUGUUAAUUGUAAGUUGUUAUCCCGUCUUAUUUGUCUUUAUUCCUGCUGUCUUUGUGCCCCAUCACACCCAACACUCCGAACUGUACCGCCGCUCUGGGCCUCUAACUAACCUGCCUCAGCUCAGCAAUCAGCUGCAGCUCGCUCUGAAGAGCUCUGCUUCCACAGGAAAGCUUUUGAUUCUGCGUUGUGCUGCUGAGAUGUAAGAUCAUAUUGACUAUGAUGAUAAAGAUAAUUGUGGAUAA